AUGUCUGUCCGCCUUAUUCUCCACAAGCUACAGGCAGCAAGCAGCAUCCCGUCUAUAAGAGGAUGUGAUGUGAUGUGCGAUCGUCCGGGAUGCGCAUUACAAUACUGUACCGACAGCCUUUCGGUAUAUGACAUGUACUCAAAAUUAAGUAACUUGGGCGUGCUCGAGGGAAGAUGGGUGGGCGGUAAAGGGACGAUAGGGGCGUUGACAGGCGCUAUAGCCGCGUUUGGCGCGGAGGAGCCACACAGUAAGGAUGUUGGGGAUGUGGGUAACGGAGGUAUUAUCUCUAUCUAUAGUCGAAAGACAAAGCCAGAAGAAAGAAAACACGUCCAAAAAGGGGAACGGGGGAUAGUGAGUAUCUUUGAGGAGAGAAAACCGGUAAAAGAAAAGGAAGAAUGCGGUGAUGAGGGCUUCAAACAAUGA